CUGCGUGUUUUUCCUCAAAGCGACCGCUUUAGUAAGACAUUAGUUUCCAACACGGUGACUAGUGUUACUUCCUACAAUUUAUAAGACAGUUAAAUCAAAAUGAUCGCAGAAGUAAUAAGAUGAGAAAAAAAUGUUGUGCCGUGUCUUGACUUUUUGCGUGCUUGUAACCAUUGUGCUGUUCGUCGUCCUGAGCUGUUUGUAUCGUCGACCGGUCUACCAUCUAUUCUUCCAUAGGUGCUGCGGCGAGGACAUUGAAAACGAUCAAGUAAUUUUCGAGAACUUCGGUAACAAUUUUCUUAGAGAACGAUUGAUCGGAGCUGAAAUCGUUGAAGUGGAUAAUUCGACGCUGUAUGGUCCUGAUGACGAUUUCGCUGAUAUCGAAGAUGUGAAGCUGAUUACAAAUGUACAUGAUCCAGAAUCAAGAGAUAUAGCUAUGGGAAAGAAAUUUAAGAUCAGUGAUAAGGAAAUUAUGGUCAUACAAGAUACAGCAUAUCGAGAUGUAGAAGUUCUAAUAACAACAGAAGAUACUGUUAUUUAGGAUAACGAUAUUGAUAAUGUUAUGGUGAUAUUUGAUUAAGAUUUUAAAUUAACAUGGUUAUUUUUAUUACUAACAGUAUUUAAAA